UGUUGAAAUCUCAGCAGUUUCUACGGGGGGCUUCUGGAAUGAGCUCCUUAAGCACCUCAUCAUGUUGGCUGUUCACCGGUUUCUGCACAUGGAACUAUUAAGGGCUUUGGCUGAGUAUGUUAAGCUGCAAUGGGCCCAGUAGCUUAAAAUAAUACCCAGAGGAGGUGGGCAAUGUGGUCACCAAGAGAAAUUCCGUGGAAGCUCCAGAUUCUUGCAUGAAGAAAAGUUCUGGAGAUCUUGAAAGCUUGCAUACUAUUUAGUGAACUGGAGUUGUCAUAAGAAAGAAGCCAUGCCGAAAAAAGUAGCCAUUGUUGGAGCAGGUGUGAGUGGACUGACCUCCAUCAAGUGCUGCCUGGAAGAGGGGCUGGAGCCAACCUGUUUUGAGCAAAGCGAUGACAUAGGGGGAUUGUGGCGAUUCACAGAGCAUGUUGAAGAUGGAAGACCCAGCGUGUACAGGUCAAUGGUCAGUAACAGUUCGAAGGAGAUGUCUGCCUUCACAGAUUUUCCAUAUCCAGAAAAUUUUCCAGCCUUUUUAUCCCAUCACCAUCUCCUGGAAUAUCUGAGGAUGUAUACAAAACAUUUUGAUCUCCAGAAAUACAUUCAAUUAAAGACAAAAGUGAUCACCAUAAAGAAGUGUCCUGAUUUCUCUACCACUGGCCAGUGGGAUGUUGUUACGGAAGCCAAUGGGAAGCAGAAGUCAACCAUUUUUGAUGCUGUGAUGGUUUGUGUUGGUUACCUUACCGAACCUUCAUUGCCACUCAACAGUUUCCCAGGCCUAGAAAAGUUUAAUGGCCACUAUUUUCAUAGCCGAGAAUACAAAACUGCAGAGGUAUUCAGGGAUAAAAAGGUGCUUGUGAUUGGCAUGGGGAAUUCUGGAGUUGAUAUUGCAGUGGAAGCCACUCAAACAGCGAAAAGGGUGAUGAUCAGCACAGAAAGAGGUGCUUGGGUAAUAAGUCGUGUUUUUGAUAAUGGCUACCCCUGGGACAUGAUGUUCCUAUCUCGUUUUUUGAAUAUUAUCCGAAAUAGCCUCCCUGGACGUAUCACAACAUGGUUGAUUGCAAGCAGAGUGAGCCAGUGGUUUAACCAUGCAAACUAUGGCUUAAUUCCCCAAGACAGGAGUGUGAUGAGAGAGCCUAUUUUAAAUGAUCUACUUCCUCCAUGUAUUCUCACUGGAAAGAUCUCUAUUAUGCCUGCAGUGAAAGAGUUCAAAGAGAAUGCUGUUGUGUUUGUAAAUGUUCCCACUGCAGAGGAAGUAGAUAUUGUUGUCUUUGCCACUGGAUACAAAGCUUCUUUUCCUUUCAUUGAUGAAUCAAUCCUCAAGGUUGAAAACGGUCAUGCUUCCUUGUACAAAUACAUCUUUCUUCCUCAAUUAGAAAAACCAACACUAGCCAUUAUAGGCUUCAUCAAGCCCUUUGGUGCAGUCAUGCCAGUUGUGGAAAUCCAAGCACGCUGGGUCACACGUGUCUUUAAUGAUUUGUGUAAAUUGCCUCCAGAGAAAACCAUGAUGGCAGAAAUCAAUGAAAAGAAAAAAAACAAAGUCAACUGGUUUGGCUUGUCCUUUGAUGAAGUCCUGAAAACAGAUUGCCUUGUGUACUGUGAUGAACUUGCUUCCUUCAUUGGUAUAAAACCUAGUGUGCCAGCUCUACUUCUCAAAGAUCCCACACUAGCAAUGAAGAUUUUCUUUGGCCCCUGCUCUCCUUACCAGUUCCGUCUGACUGGGCCGGGAAAGUGGGAUGGGGCCAGAAAUGCAAUCCUGAACCAAUGGGAACGAGUCCUGAAACCUUUAAGAAUUCGAGUUGUGGAAGAUUCUGUGAAUUGGUUCUCUUACCUAUUGAAAGUACUUGCCAUAUUUGUUAUCUUUGCUGGAAUUUACCUUAGUUUCAAUUAGUUUUUGCAGAUCACUUUGGGACAGCCAGGUGCAAAUUUCUCCUUUAAAAAGGGUGUGCUACUCCAGGCCCUCAGGCAUCCUCUGAAAAAAGUUUUGAGGAUGAUCCUCAGAGUUCUCUAAAAGUUAUUACAAAAUGUUGACUUUGAAUAAGAUUAUUAUAUUACAUUAUUACAUGACUGGAUAGUAAUCACAUUAAUUAUAUUUAAUUUUAAUUAAAGGUAAAAAAAGUCAUAAAUGUUGACCUGACCCAAUUCACUACUUUUUGAAGUGCAGCCUUGGCAUACCACCCAAAAGCCAUCACCUGGCCCUCAGCUUCAGCCAUGACACUUUCUUGGGCUUGCCACAGUCAGUCAGUUGACAUAAUAACUUAAAAGUCCUGCUAGAAUAUAUAAGUCUUAACUAAUUGAUCUUUCUGUGGCCAGAAAAGUAGGACAUGAUUAAAGUUCCUGUUCCCCAAAAGCCAGUACUGAGAGCCAUUGUGACUAGUAUUAUUGAUAGAUUUACUUUUCACAAGUAUUUCUAAUCCCCUUCCAAAUCAUUCAAAUGGAUCGUGCAGCACUCUAUAUUGUGGAAGCCAAUUCCAUAGUUUAUGUGAAGGAUCCCACUCUUCUUUCUAAAAGCAGUGCUUUGCAGUGAUCCCAACCUCUCUCAUCUGGCAAUUCUAGUAG